AUGAGCAAGCCAUUAGCCUUCGGACUGAGCCUGGCCAAAAAGCCGGGCGCAUCAAAACCAGCCCCCUCAAAACGAAAGCCCGUGUUUGGAGGCGACGAUGACUCCGACGACGAAGGUCCCACAAGCGCCAACGCGAGCAGGUCCAUGAAGGUCCAGGAGAUCGGGGGAGAUUUGGAUGACUUUGGCGCGGCGCCGACUCGAGAUGAACCCAAGAAAAGCGCAAAAAAGAAGAGCGAGCCGCCGAGGGAGCCGCCGAAACUCAAAUCCAGAGGGGCCACAGGUGACGAGUUUGGCGAUUUAUCGAGUGCGCUCACGUCGCGCAAGAAUGCGGAGGCUGCCGCCGAGCUUGAUCCAAGCAUCUACGAGUUCGAUUCGGUGUACGACUCCAUCAAGCCCAAGAAGGUGGCUCUGAAGGAAGACGAGGAGCGCCGGCCCAAGUACAUGCGCAACCUGCUACAAGCGGCAGAGGUCCGCAAGAGAGACCAGCUGAUAGCGGAGGAGAAGAAGAUUGCGCGGGAGCGUGAGGAGGAAGGUGAAGAAUACGCGGGCAAGGAGAAGUUUGUCACAGAAGCCUAUCGCAAACAGCAAGAAGAGAACAAGAGAAUAGAAGAAGAGGAGAGGAGGAGGGAGGAGGAGGAGGCGAAGAAGAACAAAGGCGGAGGAAUGUCUACCUUUUACCGGAAUCUACUGAAUAAGGACGAGCAAAGACACGCACAGGCCGUCAAGGCUGCCGAGGACAUAGCCAAGGAUGGACCGAAGGAGCCCGAAGCAACAGAGCAAGAGGAGGUUAGCCAGGAAAAGCAAGAGGCAGAUCGCGCCAAGGCACUUAAUGAGAAAGGAGCUUCAAUCGCUCUGAACGAGGAUGGGCAGGUGGUUGAUAAGCGUCAGCUUUUGAAGGGCGGUCUGAACCUUGGGGCCAAGAAGAAGGCGCCACCGAGAAAGGACGAUGAGCGCCCCGCGGAGAGAGAAAGAAGACAUAUGAACGGCGUACAGGUCGGUAACAAGCAGGCCAUGCGCGAGAGGCAAUCUCGCAUGUUGGCUGACCAGUUGGAGAUGUCGAUGAAGCGCUCGAGAGAGGAGGCAGAGACUCAGCGUCAAGAGAUAGAGCGGGCCUCGAAGAGCCAGAAGACAGAAGGGGAUAUUUCAAGCGCAAGAGAAAGAUAUCUUGCUCGAAAACGGGCCGCAGCCGAAGAGAAAAACAAAAGUACUUAG